AUGGCCUCCAACGAACACUCCCUCCCCCUUGGCAAUGACCCCUCUUCUCCUACCUCCUCUGCCAAUGCGACCCCGGAUCCUCCGACAUCAUCUGCAGCCGACACUGGCUCCGAGCCCUCCCAGGUAACCCCGUCCUCGAACGGGGGCGGUGGUGGCGGUGAGCCGUCGCCUUCGCGCACGAUGCCGAGCCCGCAGCCCUCUUCUGAUCCCGCGGGACCUACGACGUCCCAGGGCGGCGGUGGUCAGCCCUCUCCUUCCCCCUCGCAGCCCGAGCCCUCGCCUAGCAGCAACCCCGGCGGCGGUGGUGGCCAGCAGUCCUCGUCCGGCGGCGAGUCGACCCCCUCGGCUCAGCCUUCUUCCGACAACGGAGGCGGCGGUGAGACCUCGUCCAACAACGGCGGCGGUGGUGUUGGCCAGACCUCGUCGCAGGACAAUGGCGGUGGUGGUAACCAGUCGCCGUCACCUACGCCUUCCGACAACGGCGGUGGCCAGCCGCAGCCCUCGUCGUCCAACGGUGGUGACAACAACGGUGGUGGCCAGCAGUCGAGCACCGAUGGUGGUAACAACGGUCAGUCGUCGUCGGAGAACAACAACGGUGGCGGUGGUGCCCAGACGUCGUCCGAGGGCGGUCAGUCUUCCGGUAACGCCGGAUCUGGCUCGGCUACGCCGUCGACCUCGCACUCUGUCGCCGUCGUGACCGAGAGCCAGGUUGUGACCAAUGCGCAGGGCGGCUCGUCUGUCAUUUACAAGACUGUCACGAACACGCAGGCUGUCCCAACCCUUGCUGGCCAGAACAAGAGCCACAAGAGCAGCAACACGGGCAAGAUUGUCGGUGGUGUCGUCGGUGGUGUUGGUGGUGCGCUCGUUCUCGCUGCGCUUCUGGGCUUCCUCUUCUGGCGCCGCAGGAAGAGGCACGAGGUCGCGUUUGACGACAAGAUGUUUGACCCUCACCACUCGACGCGUCACUCGCAGGCCGACCCGCUCGACAUGGCCGGCGACCUCUCUCCCGGUCCCGCCUCGACCGAGGCGCCGACGAUCGAGCCGUACCCCUUUGACCAGCAGACCAUGACGACCGCUGCUGGCGCGGGCGUUGGCGCCGGAACCGCCGCUGCGCUGUCGCAGGACCACUCGCACUACAACUACGAGCCGAGCCAGCACGACUACAACUACGCCGACGACGGGUACAACCCGAACCACUACGGCGCGACGUACACGACGCAGCCGACGAUGCAGAUGCCGGACGCGCAGCACUACUUCCCGAACCAGGGCUACUCGGACUACUCUGGCUACGGCCCCAUGGGCACUGGUGCCGCUGCCGGAGCCGGCGUUGGCAAUGCAAUCUCGCACGACGACUACGCCUCUGCCACGCCCGCAGCCCAGGCCAAGGCGCGCGAGCGGGUGCCGCCCCGAUGA